AUGUCUAUCGAGACUGGGCCAGUGGGCCAUGCCCCCUCAGCCACAAACGAACCCAGCAAGCCACUACGAAGGUAUCAGGAUAUUUCUGAUGAAGUUUUGGAUAGCCCAUGGGCCAAGAAGACGGUCUUGACAUUUGAUGGAGGAGGCGUGCGUGGUUACUCUAGCCUCCUGAUUCUGAAGGCACUGAUGUUAAAGAUCAAGGAGAUUGAAACCGAGGGCUCCAGCAGCAGAAUUUGCUCGAGUAGAGACUACCCAUGGAUGGGAGCCCAUGCCUCUAGUACUCUUGCCUCUAAUGAAAGCAUUCCUGACGACUUUUUACCUUGCCAUUAUUUCGACUACAUAGCAGGUACAUCUACAGGAGGUUUGUCAGCUAUCAUGCUCGGUAGACUCCGUAUGACCGUGGACGAGGCUCUUCAGCAGUACAAGAUGUUUGGAGACAACGUAUUCGGAAAAGCACGACAGUGGCACGCGAGGUCUGGUCUUUGGUUUCCCAGAGCCAAGUAUCCAUCGAAGAAAGCUAGAAAUGCAUUCAAGCAGAUUAUUCACAAUAAGAUAACGGAGCACGACAGAACUCUACCGUACUAUCAAGCGGAGAUGGAAUUAUUCAAGUAUCGUAAAGACCGGACCAGAACUAUAGUAUUUUCUUUCUCGGUGGAUAAGAAAGAAGGCGUCGACAUGGGAUACCUAUGGAGAACUUACAGCCAUGAGUCCAGGAUAAAUAUAUCCAAUGACACUUACCGGCCCAUGAAUCCUUCAUUUGCUCACACGAUACCAAUAUGGCAGGUUGCGCGUGCAACGUCUGCUGCCCCAUCGUACUUCGAACCCAUCAAGAUAGGUGACAAAGAACAUUUCGACGGUGGUGUCUUCGCCAAUAAUCCCUCCCUCCGCGUGCUUGAAGAGGUCCGAGCUUUUCAUGGCUAUUCCCCCAAGAUAUUUAUUAGUAUAGGCUGUGGCUUAAAGACUAAAGCAAACGAGAAUCAACCAAGAAGAAAUUCUCAACUCCAAAGUUUCAGUGACCAGAUUGUGGACUCUGGAAGACGAAAAAGAGAAGCUUUGAAGAAGUGGCUCGAACUUCUUCACGGCGUCCGACGCUUCAUGACUGACACAGAAGGCCCAAACGGCGUCCAAGGAUGGAGCAACGAAUGUGUUACUCUACAGAUUAAGCAUCGAUGGAGGCUCAACGUUGAGGGAGAACUCGCUCAGGUUGCUUUAGACGAAUGGGAUCCGCCCAAGUCAGGCGAAUCGACACUUGAUAAAAUUACGAAAGAAACAGACGACUAUCUAUCUCAACCUAGUGUUAAGGAGAACAUUCUCGAAAUGGCAAGGGAGCUUGUUAAUAUCCGGCAGGAACGGGCAGAAACUGAACGCUGGGAACGAUUUGCCUUGGACGUGGCGUAUCAUUGUCCCGAAUCUAGCUGCCAGGGACAACAUUCCCGAGGGUACACAACCCGACAUGAGUUUAGGGAACAUGUCAUGUUCUGCGAAAAUGACAUUACUAAUGAUGACUGA